AUUACGCAUUUAAUUAUAUAACACAUACAUUUUUUUACAAAAUAAAUCUUGCGAUCUUUGCAGUUUUAAAUUUGCUUUUUCAAAAUGACGUUUUUAAUGCUAACUCUAUUGGGAUUUUUUACUCUAUGUUGUGCAUUAGAUGAUCCUGUGGAUUUUUUAAAGCGUUAUGGAUAUUUGCAAACUGGAUACAGCAACCCUAAUUCUCUAACUGAAGCAAUAAAAAAAAUGCAAAAGUUUGCAAACCUACCAGAAACUGGUGUUCUUGAUAAACCAACUUUAAAUUUAAUGUCUACUCCUCGUUGUGGAAUUUCCGAUCACGACCAUUCCGGAUACUCUUCAUCUAAAUGGAGUAAAACCAAAUUAACAUACAAAAUAAUUAAUCAUACUCCAGAUUUAGGUCUUGCAGAAACAGCAAGAAUUAUGCAAGAAGCCUUUAAUAAAUGGUCGCAAGUAACACCAUUAACAUUUACACGAGCCCAAGGAACUACAGAUUUAGAGAUUGAUUUUGCAAAUCUUCGUCAUUCUUCGUGUUCUUGGGAUUUUGAUGGACCUGGGGGUGUUUUAGCGCAUGCCUUUUACCCUCCAGACGGCCGAGCUCAUUUUGAUGAUGACGAGCACUUUACAGACAAAAAAUCAACUGGAACAAAUCUGCUUUGGGUAGCUGCUCAUGAAUUUGGUCACGCAAUUGGCCUAACUCAUUCUUCUGUACAAGGCUCUCUUAUGUUUCCAUAUUAUCAAGGAUACCAGGAUCCAUUUGUGCUGCAUGAAAACGAUGUUUCACGCAUUCAGCAAUUGUACGGCGGUCGUGGUGGAGCGACAAUACCGCCACCAAAAACCACUCUUUCACCAGUAUGUACAAACUUCUACGGAGACGAGUAUUGUAAAGGCAUUGCGUACGGUUGUGCAUACGAUCAUUGGAAAGAUUUUAUGAGCACUAACUGCUACAAAACAUGUUUUUGUAAAAAUUUGAAAAAAAAUUAAAAUUAUAUAAAAAUUAUA